AAAGGCUUGUGAUUACACUAGCUUUCCUGACAUUUUUGUUCUUCCCAGACUUUUAAAAUUAUUAUUGCAGACAUUUUAAAAAAGUACCUGGCAUCUCUGUUACAAUUUCACGAGGACCACAAGUCAAGUCAAACCAACAGCGCCCUGCCGAAGCUUUACCCGAUUGGAAAUUUGGACUGAUACGAUCAAUCGAAUAUAAAUAAUUUGAAAAACUGUCGUAUUAAAAAUAACAAGAGGGAAAAAUGUUAUCGUCAGGAUCAGCUGCAGUCGGAGUUAGUGCUCUGACGGGAAAUAAUUCUUACAGCAAUGACCGUAACGAUGUUGUGGAGUAUGCAAACGAAGGUGGAUUUUUUCAUGCCGAUUAUAAAAAACACGAUGAUUUGAAGCAGAUGCUCGAUUGCAAUAAGGAUAGUUUGAAGCUGGAAGCAAUGAAGCGAAUUAUCGGGAUGGUUGCAAAAGGUCGCGAUGCAUCGGAUCUUUUUCCAGCUGUUGUGAAAAAUGUAGUUUCAAAGAACAUUGAAGUGAAAAAGCUUGUUUACGUAUAUUUAGUGCGAUACGCCGAGGAACAGCAAGAUCUUGCACUUUUAUCGAUUUCAACUUUUCAACGUGCUUUGAAGGAUCCGAAUCAACUAAUUCGAGCGAGUGCGCUAAGGGUUCUUUCUAGUAUUCGAGUGUCCAUGAUUGUUCCCAUUGUGAUGUUGGCUAUUAAAGAUUCUGCAUCGGAUAUGAGCCCAUAUGUUCGCAAAACGGCAGCCCAUGCUAUACCAAAGCUAUACAACCUGGAUCCUGAGCAAAAAAAUGAGCUCAUCGCAGUGAUCGAGAAAUUACUGUCUGAUCGAACCACACUGGUCGUUGGGUCAGCUGUGAUGGCUUUUGAAGAAGUUUGCCCAGAACAUACGGAUCUGAUUCACAAGAACUAUCGAAAACUGUGCAAUUUGCUAGUAGACGUGGACGAAUGGGGUCAGGUUUUGAUUAUCAAUAUGCUAACAAGAUAUGCAAGAACACAGUUUCUGGAUCCAAAUGUUGAUGAUUUCCAUGAUGAAGAAAUUGAAGAAGAAAAACCUUUCUACGACGAAGAUUCUUCAGAAUCUGAGCAAGAAAAAAAUGCAUGCAAAUCGCUAAGAAAAACAUACUCAUUAGAUAUCGAUCAUCGUUUGUUGUUGCGUCAAACCAAGCCUUUGCUUCAAAGUAGGAACGCUUCAGUCGUAAUGGCAGUAGCACAGUUAUAUCAUCACAUUGCCCCUAAAAACGAGGUGACCAUCGUGGCAAAGGCAUUGAUCCGAUUACUUAGAAGUCAUAAGGAAGUUCAAAGUGUAGUUCUAACUUGCAUCGCUUCUAUGUCCAUAGAAAGAAAAUCCAUCUUUGAACAGUAUCUAAAAUCCUUCUUCGUGCGAUCUAGCGAUCAGACUCACAUUAAACUUUUAAAAUUGGACAUUCUAACGAGUCUGGCAACGGAAACAAGCAUUUCGGUGAUUUUACGUGAAUUCCAAACGUACAUCAGCAGCAAUGACAAGGAUUUUGUUGCCUCAACCGUUCAAGCCAUUGGAAGAUGCGCGGCUUCGAUCAAGGAAGUUACUGAUACUUGUUUGAAAGGCUUGGUUCAUCUGUUGUCGAACAAAGACGAAUACGUCGUCGCUGAAAGCGUAGUUGUCAUUAAAAAGCUUUUACAAACCCAGAAAGAGGAACAUUUUGACAUUAUAACGCAAAUGGCUAAAUUACUUGACUUCAUUCAGGUUCCAGCUGCUCGUGCUUCCAUUCUUUGGCUGAUUGGAGAAUAUAACGAAAAGGUCCCAACAAUUGCACCUGAUGUACUUCGCAAAUUGGCCAAAUCCUUCAUUGACGAGGAAGACGUUGUUAAAUUGCAGAUUCUAAAUUUGGCAAUGAAAUUAUACCUUACAAACCCGCAGCAGACUGAAUUACUUUGGCAGUACGUGUUCAAUAUGGCACGGUAUGACCAAAACUACGAUAUAAGGGAUCGGGCAAGAUUUCUGAAACAGUUUGUGUUUCCUUCCAGUGGGAAACAAACCACAUUGGCGCAAAAUGCAAGAAAUAUAUUUCUUGUUGAAAAGCAAGCACCGACACUUGAGAGUAAAUACCAUGGUCGGAAACGCUUUCAGCUCGGUUCUCUUUCUCAUUAUCUGAACAUGAGAGCUAGUGGGUAUCAAGACUUACCCUCAUUUCCAGAGGUUGCACCUGACAGUUCAGUUCGCCAUGUGGAACCGCCUAAGGAAUACGGCAUACAUGUACAUAAGGUUGAGUCUGGCAACAAAGAUCAUAGUGUAUCUGCUAGCAAAUUGAAAGAGAAGAAAAAUACAAAAUCAAAAUCAUUUUAUUCGGAAUCUGAAAAAAGCUCAUCGAUAGACGAAAGUGGCUCCGACUCAAGUUCAAUUUCUAGCGGUUCUACAGCAUCUGCCUUGAGUUCUGCUUCUGAAUCCGAUGACGAGGCAAAUGGAAAUGAGAGAUCCAAAAACCAAUACAAUGAAGUAGAUGGUGCGAUAAAGACCAAGUUUGAAUCAUCGGAAACAGGAAGUGAUGAUAGCAGCAGUGGUAAUGAUAGCUACAACAGUUCUUUGAGUGAUGACAGCAGCAGCAGUUCCAGCGCAUCAAGUUCUGGAUCGCCAAUCACCAAACCCAGAUCAAACAAACAAAUUGUCGGAAAUGUACCAAAUGUACCAAAGACCAGUAAACCUUCCAAGAGUGCUAAUUUAGACUUGCUUCUUGAUCUGGACGACAUUCUACCGAUAGGACCGAUAAUGACACCAUCAUUAGGUGGCUUUCUAACACCUAUGACAGGAGUGGUUUUGACUAACUCAUCGCGAACAGGUGUGUUGGAGUUGGUCGGUCCUAGGUAUGUUUCUGUGAAGUGCAACGAAUUGCUCAAUAAGGUUAACGGGUUUGGUCUUGGAAUCACUUAUCGCUUCACACGUGCACCUCAUUUGUAUUCGGCCAGAAUGAUUUCUAUCGAAUUGAUUUUCACCAAUCACGGCCAUAUUGAGCUUACCGAUAUUCAGCUUGGCCAAAAGCACCUUCCGCCCGGCAUGGCAUUAAACGAGUUUCCUCCGAUUGAAGUGCUUAAUGCACAACAAUCGAGAAUGGGUAUUUUAGGAGUAGAUUUCAACGACUCUACUCAGCCGGCGAAUUUUGAAAUCAAAUCAAAUGGUGGAAGCAGUAGUGUAUCCCUCAAAGUCCCUGUAGGAGAGCUGAUUAGAUCAGUUUCGUUACCGGAAUCUUUAUUUGUUACAGAACGCGCCAAACUGAGAGGCAUGACUGAACAUUCCUGUGGUGUACAGCUAAGCCAAGGUUUGUCGAUUUCUAACCGUUCAUUGCAUCAGCGGAUUUAUGAAGUGGCAAAUGUGGCAAACAUCCCAUGCAGUGAGCCGGACCAGGUUUAUUUCGCCGGCCAAACAAUGGGCUCCACAAGCUUGGUAUUGAUUGUAUUAUUGUUAAAAGAUAACGCAGAUAGUAUUCUGACUGUAAAUUGCGAGAAAAUGGUAGUCGGAUCAAUGUUACUAAAUGAGAUUAGAUCAGCGAUUAAACUUUACAACUUUUAGGUUUAAAUUUUACACCACCCAGCAAAUUAUUCCGUUUGACUUGUUUAAUUCAAUAAAGUUUUUGGAAUAUUAGAUUAUUAAAA